AUCGGCCAGUUCCACCCAAUUGAAGUUGUCAGUCUUCAGCGCAACCGACAGCCCCAUCGUAUUGUCCGAUCGGGUCAAAACGCUUCAAUUUCGCUUCGCUUCAUGUCACCAAAAUUAUGCCCCAUCGAUUCUGUCUCUUCAUACAGCACUCCAUUAGCGGACUCAUUAGAUGAUAUGUCUCGCCUUUUGGCUGACCCAAUAUGCAAAACUACUGGUCAAUUUCUCACGUUGCCAAAAAUAUGCGCUCCAUCUGAUGAUGGAAUGUUGGGCCUUGCCGAAUCAUUGGGCGCUUUUCCAUUACAUUUACGAACGCUGCGAUACCAGAUCCAAAUGAAUGUGGAUGACUCGAAUACCAGGAAAUCGAAAAGACCCGAGAUCUCUUCUCCACAUGAAAUGCAGCCAAAAAGUGAGAUCCCAUAA